AAGAGGCAUGCAAAGACCAGAUCAGAAAAGGAUCAGAUAAAGAGGAGGGAUUCUGAGGUUGGCAAGUGGGUCACAGAAGGUCGAUCAUGAAGCAUAAAAACUGGAGACUGAAAGGGGCUGAAAUGCUGCUACGCUUGACUAGAGACAGCAAGCCAUCUGCGCAACACACGAGAUUCGGGUUCUAGCAGUGUGCAAGGAUUUCAGGGCGAAUGAGUCCAUCCCCCCACUCCCCUUGGACGCCUACAGGCCCAAGGAGUUCUACUGAAUAAAAGCAGCACCCGUUUCGCCUCCUCCUCUCCACCCACCCCGCCUGCCCCCGGAGUCUGUCUUCCUGGGUGGAAAGGCCGGUGGUGAAGGUUUCAACGGAGGGCCGUGGUUGCGGCCUCGGAAGGAGGACCAAAGGGACACUGCUGAGUCUCAGCCUGCCUCCAGGAUUACAGUGGGUCUGGGUGGGGCGUGCAUUGCCCUUUGGUGGCCCAAGUGGAGUGUAAUGCUCUUCUGGCAGGCCCGAUGGGGAGCACAAACUAGGAGCAAGGCAUCCCGCAGGCCCCGCCCCGCGCAAGGCCCCGCCCCGCGCAAGGCCCCGCCCCGCGCAAGGCCCCGCCCCUGCGCGAGCCCUCCCCCUGCGCUUAACUGGCGUCUGACAGAAGGGGCGGGGCUUCCUCGGCAGCCGGAACACGCUUGUCUAGGUUGCUCGGGCAGCCCGAGGCGGGUGAGUCGGCCUCGGUGCGGUGGCGGGCUGCUGUCCACCGCGGUACCUCAGGGGUGGCGCUUCAGCGUGGCUCCGCGAGUGGGCCGCGGGGCGCUGUGCGGGGUGGGGGUCGCCCCCUCGGCGAGCGAGGUCCGGGCGGAGGCUGUGCAACCCCUGGCGUUGUGUAUCAUGUCAUCUGCGCUUGGAGUUUCCAGUCCUGGUUCUGUGUAUGGAGAGACGCUGUGAAGGUGCCGAGGAGGUUUUUCCGGGCCCCGUGACUGAAGAAAGGGAUCCACUGGCAGUGGCUGGAAGGAAGUCCAGUGGAGGAAGGAACCUCCAGCUGCCCUAUCCCAUGGCCAAGGGUAUCGUCCCUGUGGAAGGCCAGCCAGGAACUCAAAGCCUGAAGCUGGGGCCAGAUCCUCUGCUGUCCCCACCAUGGUCAAUGACCCACCCGUCCCUGCCUUACUGUGGGCCCAGGAAGUAGGGCACGUCUUGGCAGGCCGUGCCCGCAGGCUGUUGCUGCAGUUGGGAGUGCUCUUCUGCACCGUCCUCCUCUUGCUUUGGGUGUCUGUGUUCCUCUACGGCUCUUUCUACUACUCGUACAUGCCGACUGUCAGCCACCUCAGCCCUGUGCAUUUCUACUACAGGACAGACUGUGACUCCUCCACCACCUCACUCUGCUCCUUUCCUGUUGCCAAUGUCUCACUGGCUAAGAGCGGACGUGAUCGGGUGCUGAUGUAUGGACAGCCAUAUCGAGUCACCUUAGAGCUUGAACUGCCAGAAUCCCCUGUGAAUCAAGACUUGGGCAUGUUCUUAGUCACUGUUUCAUGCUAUACUAGAGGUGGCCGAAUCAUCUCCACUUCUUCACGCUCGGUGAUGCUGCAUUACCGCUCCCACCUGCUCCAGAUGCUUGACACACUAGUGUUCUCCAGCCUCCUGCUGUUUGGCUUUGCUGAGCAGAAGCAGCUCCUGGAGGUAGAACUCUACUCGGACUAUAGGGAGAAUUCGUAUGUGCCAACAACUGGAGCCAUUAUUGAGAUCCACAGCAAGCGCAUCCAGAUGUAUGGAGCUUACCUCCGAAUCCACGCCCACUUCACUGGGCUCCGGUACCUGCUGUACAACUUCCCUAUGACCUGCGCCUUUGUGGGUGUCGCCAGCAACUUCACAUUCCUCAGUGUCCUCGUGCUCUUCAGCUACAUGCAGUGGGUGUGGGGGGGCGUCUGGCCCCAGCACCGCUUCUCUUUGCAGGUUAAUAUCCGACAGAGGGAUAGCUCACGACAGGGCACCCAGCGUCGGGUCUCUCGCCAUCAGCCAGGCCAGGAGGAGUCUACCCAGCAGUCAGACGUGACAGAGGAAGGUGAAAGCCCUGAAGACCCCUCAAGAACAGAGGGCCAGCUGUCUGAGGAAGAGAAACCACAGCAGCCCCGGAAAGGAGAGGAGGAGCAAGAGCCGGAGGCUAGUGAUGGCUCCUGGGAAGAUGCAGCUUUGCUGACAGAGGCCAGCCUGCCUACUUCUGCCUCUGCCCUUGCCCCUGAGACUCUGGGUAGCCGUGAGCCCUCUGUGGGCACCGUCAGGCAGCGUCCAACAUGCUCCAGUUCCUGAACCAAAAGAUUCUUCUCAUUCCAGCACUUUCCCAUCUGACCUUCUCCCCUUGUUGUUCCUGUAAUAAACUGUUUUGUGCCAGGUGCUUAUGUGAA